CGUCACACGGCGCAGUGACUAUUAGUGUCGGUCAGGAUGCGGCCGCGGUUUCUGUCCCCGCUGUUCCGCUCGUGUUUCCGGCGCAUGAGCAGCGCGUGUGUCCCUCUGGCCGCGCACCGGGAGCUGCUCCGACUCCGCGGCCCGGACACUGCGGCUUUUCUGCAGGGAUUAGUAACUAACGACGUGGAGAGUAUGAAGGACGGCGGCGCCAUGUACGCUCAUCUGCUGAACGUGCAGGGGAGGAGCCUGUACGACGUAUUACUGUACAGGCUCCCAGGGCAGCAGGGCGGCUCACUGGACCUCCUCCUGGAGUGUGACGCGGCGGCGGUGGACUCCGUCCAGCAGCAUCUGCAGGUUUACAACUUCCGGAAGAAGGUGGAGCUGCUUCCUUGCCCGGAGCUGUCCGUGUGGGCGGUGAUCCCGGAGAAGUGCGACCCUCCAGUGCUCAGACUGCCCUCACCGGCCCUACAUUGUGCUCCUGACCCCAGGGGCCCCAUCAUGGGCUACAGGCUGGUGGCACCGACUGGACAUCACGUCACAGACAACCUGCUGAGAGCGGAGCUGGGGAGUGUCCGGGACUAUAGCCGCCACAGAUACCAGCACGGGGUCCCGGAGGGGGUGAAGGACUUGCCGCCGGGCGUGGCCUUACCGCUGGAGUCCAACCUGGUGUACAUGAACGGGAUCAGCUUCUCCAAGGGCUGCUACGUUGGUCAGGAGCUAACGGCGCGGACUCAUCACACCGGCGUCAUCCGGAAGCGUCUGGUGCCCAUCCGCCUUUCUUCUCCAUUACCAUCUGAUUGCGAGGGGGCGGAGAUUACCACAGCAGCGGGAAAGCCUGCCGGCAAGUACCGGGCCGGGGAGGAGGAGCUGGGGCUGGCGCUUCUCAGACUCGCCCAUGUAGGGGAGGAGCUUCAGAUGACAUCAGGGGGCGGAGCACCAGUCAGCGUGAAGGCCUCUGUGCCGGCGUGGUGGCCGCAGUCUGGUGAUGGUGCAUAAGUAGGUGAAGCCCCCAGUCACAUGACCCUCCUCCUCCUCCUCACCUGGAGCUUGUAUCUGCUGAUGCAUUGUAACAACCCCUCAGCUGUGUGAGCAGGACUCGGUCAGGUUUUCUGCCUCUACAUGUACAUUAUGAUUGCUUCCAUUCACUGACAGUGAGCAGAGAUCAUGAAGUGAUGAAGCUGAAUGAUCGCUGGAGACCAGGAUGAGGUGUGAGGCUCCCGGACCUGACCCCGGGGGGCGCUGUGUGACUGGAGGCUCCCGGACCUGACCCCGGGGGGCGCUGUGUGCCUGGAGGCUCCCGGACCUGACCCCGGGGGGCGCUGUGUGACUGGAGGCUCCCGGACCUGACCCCGGGGGGGCGCUGUGUGCCUGGAGGCUCCCGGACCUGACCCCGGGGGGGCGCUGUGUGCCUGGAGGCUCCCGGACCUGACCCCGAGGGGGGGGAGCGCUGUGUGCCUGGAGGC